GGUAGGUGGCAGUGAAAGUUCUCAGGUAGGGAGGGCAGGUUGCGUUGGGGGGGCGUGUGUUCCUCUCUUGCACAAGCGCUCCCAUGUUGCGUAGUCUGGAAACCUGACGUGGAGAGCAGCCGAGCAGUCAGAGCGACAACAGCGUGUGUGUAUGUGAGUGUGUGUGAGUGUGAGUGACAGAGUUGCGGGCAGGGCAGACACAGAAAGUGCCCGUGGCUGCUCUCUCUGCCAGGCUCGCGUGCACACUCUUCUCCAGCAACGGACCCAACGGAGUCGCACGAGUCUGGCGACGCGCUCCGAACCCGCUCGGCCGGCCGCGGGUGACCCGAGGAUCCCACUUCUGACUAACAUUCUCGGGCUCCGCUUGGCAGGAAAGGUGGAAGUAAACUACAUUCAUUGACUUGUGAGCGAUGCACUGGCAGCAUGGCCAAGUGGUUCAAGGAGCACCUAGGAUUCAAAACUACCAAAGCACCCCCUCCGGCGCCUCCGAAGCCGGACUACAGACACUGUCACACCGGUGUGCCCGGUGCGCCUGGCUACCAACAAACGAGCUCCGGGGCCACCUUCCCCAGCCCCGCUCAGCCGGACAUCCUCGCUGCUUACAAACUUCAAAAGGAGCUGGACUUCGAGGACCCGUACACUCCAGGUGGAAAUAUUUCAUUCGGCCCGAGCUUGAACACUGUGGGGUCGACGGAUAUCAAGUAUGUGUCACCAAAGCACCGACUUAUCAAGGUGGAAACAAUCGAAAAGAGCAGCCCGGCUCCGGGCGGCGGUGUCACGGUCACCCAGGCUGUUGCUGUAGGGAGUGUUAAAUCUCCUACUUCGCCUCCGUCGGACCACGACAACAAGGAGAAGUUCAUUAUCCUCGAAGAUUAUGCGGACCCUUUCGAUGCUGAGCAGGCUGGUGGCACACAGACCACCACAGAAAAAGUGACGACUGAGAAUGACGGCUACAUGGAGCCAUAUGAGGCACAGAAGAUGAUGGCAGAAAUACGAUCUUCUGGACGAGGGCCUAAGGAAGGACCGGUGAGGCAGCUGCCCCUGUACGACACGCCGUACGAGCCGGCCGAGAAUGGCGGCGACUCGGACCCUGAGCGCUCGCGCUGCCCACGAGAAAGCCGACUGCCCCAGGAUGACGAGCGACCCCCCGAGGAGUACGACCAGCCCUGGGAGUGGAAAAAGGAGAGGAUUUCCAAAGCGUUUGCAGCUCUGCUUUGUUAUGACUGCAUUAGCUACGAGGGCUCUGUAAGUGGCACUGGAUCAGGUCCCCACAGAAGGAAGGACUGCACCUCUAAAUCCCUCACAGUAGAGAUUAAAGUGAUCAAGGACCUACCAUGGCCCCCUCCUGUCGGGCAACUCAACACCAGCCCUCCCCUGGUGGAGGAGCUGGAGUCUCCCUCCCAGACAGCUCAGCCCUCGCCAGGUCAGACAAGCUGUGACCAGCACCACCAUGUCCAGUUUGAUGGCGUGGAAAAGUCCCGAAUGUCACCUACUAAAGAGGGGAAAACUCGCCCGCUGCAGCGACACUCCAGCGGCUGUCUGGUCAACACUAAAAUGACGUCACUGGACCACUGCAGCUCCUCCCUCGGGGAGCGUAUUGACCCCACCAUGCCCCUGGAAAGCCAGUUCUGGUACCAUGGAGCCAUUAGUCGAACAGAUGCAGAGUCUCUGCUCAGGCUGUGUAAGGAGGCCAGCUACCUGGUGAGAAACAGCGAGACCAGCAAGAACGACUACUCCCUCUCCCUUAAACCUCUGCCUCCCACCGGCAUCCUGCCCAUCCCUCGUCCUCCACCUCACUCUGGUAACCCCUCUGAUAUAGUCGGCUCCUCCAUUUUCUGAUGUGCCCACAACUCAGUUAACGCUGCCCUUCGUCAGCGACCCCUGAUCUCUGCCCCACCCAGCAGAGAGUUCAAAGGAGCCAGUCUGAUUGGUUUAGUCUAGUCUGACAUUUGGUAGAGGUUACUUUAGCUUCGAGGCCUGCAGUGCGGUCACAUCUCAGGAGGAAUGUGCGACUUGGGUGGUUUCGGUGUGAUCAUUUUCACCUCCACCAGCUGUCAGGACAAGGUGCCAGGGCAACACUGCCAAAAACAUAAACUAGAAAUUUGUUGCUCUCUGAAAAAUUGUCAAAGACAACUGUGAAAUUUAAAUUUCUUAGUUAUGAAACCUUAAAAUCUUUGUUGACAAAUGCUCUUUUCACAAUUGCUGUAUAUUAAGUCCAUUUUACAUUACAAGGCAGGCUCAACCAUAUGACAUUUAGAAAAAUCUCCACAAUUCUGUGACAGCCUUCAGAUAAGAUUAAACUAUAAUACACCAAGAGACAUUGAUUACCCUUUGUUAUUACACCAGAAUUCAUCUAGCUGGAGGCUUAUAUAUCUUGGCAGGGAAAUGUAAUGCUUUUCACUGCUCCAAUUCUCUUCAUACUACUGUAGCUGACUGCCAGUCUAACUUCCCGUCGCAGUGACUGAUCGUCUGCUUAUGUUUGUGUGACUGCUUCUUCUUCUGCCUUACUGACUGAGAAAAAACAUGUCUUACUAUCUGUUGAACAGCCAACCAACUACUGGUUAUGACUUACUACAAACAAAAGGGAAUAAAUGUCUGUCUGACAUUUGAGUACUAAACACCUCAAAUAUCCACAUUUCAACACACAUACUGUUCAUGAUGCCACACACACACAUACACAUAUAUUGAAUGUUAACAGAAAUAAGAAUUAAACUAAAACAACUAAAAACUAAAAAACUGAAAACAGACAUGGUGAAUGCACAUUCUUUUUAUUGAAUAGCACUGUCCUGAAGGCGAUACAGAAGUUUCAUCAGGGACACCCAGCGUAGCCCACAGUUUAAUAGCUAUUGAUCAUGUAUCCUAUAUGAACAAUACAAUACUGUAGUUCUAUAGUCCAAAAGAAGCCGAAAACCACACAAACACGCACAAUAACAGCACAAUAUUCAUCCAGACAUCUUUAAGAACCAGUUGUUAAAUCAUAAAAUAUGAAAUAGACAUGUACAGUGUAAGUAAGAUCCAAGCGGACUAUACUUUUAUCUCUAGUGCACGUAGAACAAAUACAAAUGUUAUGGGGGAUGUUGUGGUAAUUUGCUGAAUGUACCCCUGAUAAGCACCAAAUCAAUUCUGGAGCACGAUCUUAUAAUGAUACUUUUGUAAAGUUAGACAGUUAAUCAGUCCAUCUCUCUAUUUUGGUGAAAAGGAGAUUACCUAUUACUGGGGGUUUAACCUCCUUCAAAUGAAAUUGCUGAUUGCAAGAUUAAUUGAAUGAAUUAAGACCAGGAAGCACUGGAAAAGUGCUGAAACUUAUGUGGCUGAAUAUUUUAUAACAGACUGAAUUCAACCAGGCAAUAAUAAAAGCAAGGUAUUUCACUCUGAAUAAAAGUUUUAUUUGAUGUGUGUUUUUACAAAAAGUGUUUUCACCUUCUGCUUCAGUAAUGGCCCUACUAAUAUUCACGCAUUUACACUAAUUCACAUCCCGCAGCCCACACCUGACCUUAAUAAUGUGCUGCACUAUUAGAGCAGAUAAUAGGGGAGUAUUUUACUGAAUUGAGGAGGUGAGGGAAGCUUUAUUUUAGCUUUACCAUCUUCUUUCCACAUACUUGCAUCCCUGACCUUAAGGCAACUGUUUGGAGAAACUAAAAGCAAGUUGUGAGAUGAUUUCUGUGACACCCAUAAUAGCUGUUUGUCACACUGAGAAGUAGAGGAAGGGUAAAAAAAAAAAAAAAAAAAAAAAGCCGUGCUGGGAAGACUGUGUUACUGUUGGUGCAGUAGAGGUGUUUAAUAUCUGUGACUCGGUGGGAACUGCAGUACAGGAUGGCCUGGACUUUUAACCAGCAGGGGUACUCUUAACCCUUCUGCCAGGUAGUUGACUCCAGGGCCUGCCAAAAGGUUUUUGGGCCUAAAGCAGGACAGGAUUCAGGGGUGCCCCGAUGGCCCUAAGCAUACAUUUAGAAAGCAAGCUAUUAUGCCUCACCCUUACAGUUGAUGGGCUUGGCUUUGAUGAUGGCAAAGUUAUAAAAAUAAAAAAAAGGAGCUUCUAAGGAGUAAUAAUUAAAUCUUGGCCUAAAGGCUAAUGGAUGUCAUUGCUACACAACAAGUUAAGUUGUUUUUUUUCUCUGUAUUGUUAUAACAAACUGCUCACAAUUUAUUGUAUUUGCAAGCUUAAUGUCUGGCAGGGGAUACACCUGCAGCAGAAUAAAACAAAAAUCUGAAAAUCAUUGGCAUAGAAAAUGUUUCCUGAAGGUGUUUGCCUGUGUGUGCGUGUAGACACUGAUGUGUACGUUUGUGUGAGUCAGCAGCCUGGGUGUUUGAGAAGCUCAUAACUUGUGCCUUUGGCGUCAUUCGCAUCAAGCCUAGAAAACAAUCAGCGGGCUGAUUCGCAGGGAAUGACAGGUGCCACCAGACAGCAGGUGGAGGUGACUCUGAGUUCAGCCUCCUCACACGCUUCUCCUGCUGCCACUGAAAAUGAGUGGAAACCCAAGGUGAAGAUCCACCAUGUCUGAGGUUGCUGAAAAAUGUAUAAGGCCAUGAGGUAGCACGUAUGUGUAUUGCAUUAUUGAUAAAAGACAGACGUCCCUGAGACCCCCAGCCUCAGGAGUACUCUGGCCUGACAGAAAGCAUUUUCUGUCUGUUGUGCCCUCCUAACCCCCUUUUUUCCUCUUCACCUGCCCCCCAACCCCCCACCUCUUCUUAUCUCUCUCUUUUUCUUUCUGUGGAGAGAAACCUUUUAGGUGUUUGAAACAUAUUAAACCCUUCACAAGUCUCUCAGAGCACAGCGUCAUCCUGUAUCUCACCUCAUGAGAGAGCCCUUCACAGCAUGUUUCCACUGGCUGAGCAGAGAAAUUGUUAGUGAAAGAAGAAAAUCUAUCCAGCAGAAUCUGUUUGAUGCCAGAGCACAGACAAGGGCCAACUAAAUAGCCAAUUGAGAGAGCAACUGAAAAGUCUUUGCAUCUGCAAUUGCACUCCUAUUCUAAAGACACCUCGUGCUUUUAUGGGUUUUUUUAUUAUUAUUUUUAAACACAAAAGAUCACAUUUCCUUUAUGUGGCACAGAAGAGAUAAAUCUCCUAAAAGCUCCUGAAAUCUAAGCCAAGGGUAAAAAAAAAAGGAAAUAUUUUCAGAGUUCUUGCUUGGUCCAUUAACCAGACUGAACUUAGAUGACUGAUUUUGUUUUUUAAACAUCUUAGCCCACUUCACACCACUAACUAUGUCCAUUUUUCAUCAAUUGUGUCUUACAGAAUGGUAGGGAUCGUCCUGGGCAGACUCAUUCAAUUUGUGCUCAUAUGAAAUAAUGGGCGCAUGGGAUAUCUGAUGCCCAGUAAUUCUUAAAAAGGUCAUCGCUUAUGCCAAGGAUCAUUAUCUUUUGCCGGAUGACUUUGCCUUUUUUCUGGUGCCAUAGAUUCAUAACACUGAGAGCAUCAUUCACGGAGCAAUCCAAUAUGUUGAAGGUAGAGAUAAGCGGUGAUUGCUGUCAGACUGCUCCUGCUUUGAGGUCCACAGGGUUCAAAUCAAAGUCAUAAACCUCAAUAAACAGGACAGCAGACCUCCCUAGCGAGAUUAAUCCUGAUUAGACAAUAGAAGCCCACAAGCACGGAGUAUGAUAACACCACAAAAGGCCUGUCUUCUCAAAAAUAGCCCCAUAUUCAUUUUAUCAGCAGCCUUGCCGUAUUGCUCUGUUGUCCUGGUUUCUGUCUCUGCAGGACUGUAACGUGAUAAGCUGCCCCGAACACCGACUGGAAGAUCAGUUGGGAAUCUAAAAAUGAUGCUAUUGAUGUGUUUGCCUUUUUAAGUGUGGCUCCGUGUAACCUAACACCUGUCUCCCAGCGCACCGCGUGAAGAUUCAUCAAAUGCACUUAGCAGGGAAGAUUUUUUAAAAUGAGCUCUCCUGGCACCACUUGCAGAAUGCUAGAAUUGCAGAGACCUGUGGCAAGGGAAAUUUGUCCUGCUCUCCUCAAAUCACGAUGAACUUGUUAAUGACAUGCUCAGAUAUCGAGGCCAGAGGCACGGUAAUGGAGACGUCUGAUAGUUGUGUUUACUUCAGCCUGCAGCUUUCUACCUCAGUUCGCCUAUAAAAAAAUAUGUUGGCAAUGAAACAUUUGCAAUAUUCUCCAUCAUCUGCCAUAAACAGUACGCAGGACUCCACAACUUAAUAAUAAUUAAAAUCACAUUAAUCUUAAGUCUCAUCUGUUGAAAUAAAGCAUAAUCUCACUGGAAGCCAUUUAUCGGUUUAAAUGUGUUCUUAUUCUUGAUGGAUGUCCCCAAAUUGAACCCUGUACAUUCUUUACUUUCUCUCCCACUUCAGUUUUAUCUCUGUGCCAGUUUUCUCUCUGCGCAUCAGGGAGAGAACACAUCCGCAGGCUUUACACAUGCAAUUACGAGAUAAGUAAAGAAUGGACUUGCCUCAUGUCUAAGGUGCCUAAAGCCCAGUCCUUGCUCCUGUUCAUCACAGAUAAUGGGCACAUCCGCAAAUAUGUACAUAUAUUUACAGUGGGAAAUAUAUUCAAUGACCUCAAAAGCAGUAGUUGCUUCCUUUGUCUGCCUGACUGUUCGUGAACCCAUAUAAUAAUAAUAAGGAAGAGAAACAAAUAUAAAUGGAAAAGAGGAGCAUGGCAUGCGGUAAAGGUUGUGAACCUCAUCAACAGUCUUGACCGCCCGGUCUUAUCAAACCUGAAAUGUGUUCUCAUGUCUGUCGCUGGCAGAAUAAUAUUCCCACAUCUGAAGUUUGUUGAUAGAAUAAAUAAUAUCUCCCGUACUUACGCUUGUGCACACUUACCCUGCAUGUACACAGUCCUCGUGAGGGUCCCAUUCCUCAACAUCUUUGACACAAGCAGAAUGCAAAGUGCAGAUAACACUGACUGGCCCCAUAAGUCAGUGUGUUCAAAGCUGUCAUGCUUACCUGAUGUGGUGUGUUUGGCUGCUUGUCACAGAAAAGGUUAGUAAGAACUGGUAAUCCUUUGGGUUCCCUCGUGGCAGUUUGUUUGUUUGCUCACUUUAGUAGCAGAAAUUUUUAACAUGAUAUAAAGUAGAAUAGGUGGGAGCUGAGUGAUUAGAACAUUAUGCUCAUUACGUUGAUGACAUAAUGUGCAUAAUGUCCAUUUGUAGCGAGUGCAUAGUAUCUGAGCCUACAGCAAUCAUAAGUUGCUAAAAGCAUUAGCUGCUGAUUGAAAUAGCUAUUAUGCUAAUGUAUUCUGAAAAGACAAAUUACCAAAACAGUAUAUUUACUGUAGGUUAUAGAGACCAUUAGUUUUUUAUCAGCCCUUCACUAAAGCUCACUGUUGCAUCACUUAACAAGUCCAAAAAAGUAGUUUUCUAUUCUAAGUCUUAAGAUUACUGGCAAGGUGUAAAAUGUAUCGAUCGAAGGCUCCUAGAAAUACACAGGGCGCUUUUAAUUCGCUGUGUAUUUAUUGCUGUAGCUUAAGUGAUUUAUCCUGGGGGUUCAUUAGCCACAUCCUUAUGCUCUGGAUGUGAAACCCAGAACCUUAAGCAGUCUGCCUUUUAGUCUCCUCCCCAGACAGCUCCAAAGUUAUCAGAGGUAAUCCAGCUUUCAGAACAUUGUCACGUACUGUAGGGAGCAACUGCUGCGUGAGUAAAUGAGAAAUGGGCUGUCAAGGAGGGGUGAUCUGUUGAGUUUCCCAUAUAUACAGUUUCCUUCUUAUAUACUUUAAAUUAUAUUUUUAGCCAUAGUAGUGGCGUGACUCUAGGGAUGGCAACGUCAGACUGUCUGUCGGUCGAUCCACCACUUUGUUUCAGACUGAAAUAGCUCAACAAUUGUGUAAAGAUAUCCGAAGUUCCCAGAAGACGAAUCCUAAUGACUUUGACGACCCCAUCACUUUUCAUGUAGCGCCAUCAGCAGGUCAGAGCUUUCACUUAUCCAGUGAAAUAUCUCAACAUCUACAAGAUGGAUGAGCACAACAUUAUGUUGAGUAUUUUUGUAGAGAUAUUCAUGGUUCCCAUGUGAUUGACUUCAGCGAUCCUGAUUUUUCAUUUUUAAAAUACUCUAGCCAACUUCAGCAUGCUGUGACAACGAUAAACCUUAUACCUAACCAUCAGCAUGUUAGCAUUGUGAUUGUGGGAAUGUUAGCAUUGGAAGUUGAAAUUAUCACCUCUGAAAAUAUGAUAUGUAAUGUAGACUUUUGAUGUUGUUUUUAUAAAACUAACAAGAUGAAUGUUUUCUGUCCCUGUCUUCUGUCUCUCGC